AUGAUACUGGGUGUCGGCGCAGGCACCUUCGCGGUACUCGUCACCGUUGGCGUGGCCAUACUUAUCGCGCUCGUGGGCUCCUACCUAGCCCCACAGUCGGCCCUGUUCAUCAUUCUUGGCUGCAUCGUGCUGCCCUUCAUUGUGUACGGCUGCAUCCUGACAAGUCCGCAUGGUCCUCCCGCCAACACCAGCACGGUAGUACCUGCGGCCUAUUACCGAGAACGUCAGUUGCCAUCAAACACGGAUGUCAUUGACAAGUUCGUGCCGGUUCGCAUUGUCAUCUUCCUUGUGAUGGUCUUUGGCCUGUUUACCGGCGUAGCCUUUCAUAUCUUUACACUUGUGAAUUCGCCGCCGUACGAGGCACCGCGCGUGCACUGUCUCCGGCAGAAAUUGGAGGAGGCGCACCCCACCUGGUACCGGUAG